GAAAACGAAAGUGAAGGCUUAUUAACACUGCGGGUAAAAUGGCGACGAGUUUGGUCCUUCGUCAAGUGAUUGCUUUGACUUUGGCACUAUGCGUGGACGCCUGCUCGGUGUACGCGGCCGUGGUCGUGGUAGGCGCGCACGGGAGCGGUGCGAGUUCCGCGUGGGUGUUUGCGCUGCUGAGGUGUUUGGCGCUCGCCGCGGCAACAGUGGCCGCGCUCGGAGGACUGCCGCCGGUACCGGCUCGCCUCCUCGCCGCGCACUGUGCACUUCCCGCCGUCAUGAAAACCGGCACCGCGGUGCUGGGCCUGGAGGACAACCAGUGCGGCGUGGUGGCGGACGCGCGCUGCUGGCUGAUGUGCACCGGAGCCUCGCUGGCUGCUGCCUUUUUUUGGGAAACGCUCCUCCCGGUCUCCGAUGGCGAAGGGAAGACGCAAAACAAGCCCAGAGUGUUGUUCAUGAGAGUGGUCCGCAUGUACAAGCCGGACUACCCCGCGAUGCUCGCUGCCUUCUUCUUUCUCACCCUGGCUGUUGUCUGUCAGAUGUUCAUUCAGUUUUACACGGGGAAGAUUAUUGACAACCUGCGUGGUAAUUACUUGCCAAAUGAAUUCUUCUCAGCGCUCCUCCUCAUCGGCCUCUUCUCUUUGGGAAGCUCAUUGGGCGCAGGCUGCAGAGGGGGUCUCUUUACGUGGGCCAGAAGCUCUUUUACGUACAGAGUCAACUGCAAUCUGUUUGAAACUUUGACCAAACAGGAAGUUGGGUUUUUCGAGACGGUACAGACAGGUGAACUCACAAGCAGGUUGUCUACGGACACCAGCAUGAUGGGGGAUACAGCGUGUCUCAAUGUCAACGUUCUGCUGAGGAACCUCAUCAAGAUGGUUGCCAACUUGGUCAUAAUGUUGCAACUAUCAUGGCAGCUGACAUUUAUAUUGUUGAUGGUGGUCCCGGUUACAAUCCUCAUACAGAACAUCUACAACAAGCACGAGCAGCGGUUGAAGCUGGCCAUACAGAACUCCCUGGCCGUGGAAAAAAAAACGGCCCAUGAGAUCCUUUUGGGUAUCCAUACGGUACGGAGCUUUAGCGCAGAGAAACACGAGGCCCGUCACUAUGACAACCGGCUGCUGGACACAAAAGUCCUCAAGAACCAGCGGCAAACUGUCACGAUUGUUUACCUUCUCGGAAGGAGGUUGACAGAGUUGGUGAUGCAGGUGCUGAUCUUGUGGUAUGGCAGGUUGUUCAUCCAGAGGGGGCAAAUGAGCACCGGCCACCUAGUCACCUUCAUCCUCUACCAGGAGGAUUUUCGGUACAACAUCAUGGCACUAAUGUACAUCUGCUGCAACAUGCUGAACUCAGUGGGGGCCGCUGCUAAAGUGUUUGAGUAUCUGGAUCGAAAACCUCAGAUCAGCACCAAGGGGGAACUGGCACCCAAUCAGCUUCAAGGACACAUUGUCUUCCGCAAUCUGAACUUUGUCUAUCCAACGCGCCCUGACAUACCUGUGCUAAAGGACUUCUCUUUGGAGCUGAGAUCGGGUGAGAUGACGGCGCUGGUGGGGCCGUCGGGAGAGGGGAAGAGCACUUGUGCGUGUUUGCUGAAGCGCUGGUAUGAGCCGCGGGACGGUGAAAUCCUGUUGGACGAUGCUCCACUGGAAUCCUACAACUGCCGCUACCUCAGCAAGAAGAUCGCCUUGGUAAACCAGGAGCCAGUGCUCUUCUCAGGCACAAUUGGAAGCAACAUAGCCUACGGACUUGAUGACUGCUCCAUUGACACCAUUCAGGAAGCGGCUCGACUGGCUGACGCCCACAACUUCAUCAUGCAGCUGGACAAAGGCUACGAUACAGAGGUAGGUGAGGGGGGCAGCUUGUUAUCCAAGAGCGAACGGCAGCGGAUCGCUGUUGCUCGAGCGCUGGCCAGGCAGCCACAGGUCCUGAUUCUGGAUGAAAUAACAAGCUCCCUGGAUGAGGACAGUGAAAACACGGUCCUGCAAAACCUGGCCAAUCGCCCCAACCAAACUCUUCUGGUGAUAGCUCAUAGACUUAACACCAUCGAGAAGGCCGAUCAGAUCGCAGUGAUCGGUAACGGCAGUGUUCAAGAGCUGGGAACCCACCAAGAAUUGCUGGCCAAGAAGGGGAUCUACUGCAAAGUGAGAGAGAAGCUUGCCACAAAUUGACGCUACUGAUAGGCUCCAUUUACCAUUAUGUAUUUCCAAGGUUCUACACUCCUAUGAUGAUACAACUAAUUUAAAUAAUUAUCUCAAUACAUAUACAGUGUGACUCAAGUUUUGUCAAAGGAUUGUUAAAACUUAAAAUAAAUAAUUAAAAUUAAAUAAAAAAAAAAAAAAAAAUUAUAAUGAGUAAAUAAAAGGUUGCGGUGUUGAAAUUACCUCAAUUAAAAAACUUAAAUAGUAUCAGUGAUUUUGCAUCAUCUGUUAUGGUGAUUUUGUUCAUGAAACUGCUGCUAUAGCAGGGGUCUCAAAGUCAAUUUACCCGGGGGCCACUGAAAGCAGCGUCGGGGCGGGGCUGGCCUGCAUCAGGUAUUCCACAAGAAAAGCUUUGUUGAAAAAAUUCCAAAUGUCUCAAAUAGCUUUAUACAUAUUUUUUUGGAACAAAAUACAAUUAAAAAUAAAUAAACAAAUUACUAAGAACAUAAGUACAUACACAUGCAGAAUAUACAAACCCUGUUUCCAUAUGAGUUGGGAAACAGGGGUUGCCCGAGUGCGAGCUAUUCAGGGACGACGGCAGUCUCUUCCCGCAGACGAGCGGGGUAAACCCCCUGGAUAUGAUUUAUGCCACUUCUUUUUCUGUCUCAUUUUGUCCACCAAACUUAUAAGGUUGUGCAUGAAGGCACAAAGGUGAGUUUUGUUGAUGUUAUUGACUUGUGUGGAGUGUGCUAAUCAGACAUAUUUGGUCACGGCAUGACUGCAAGCUAAUUGAUGCUAACAUGCUAUUUAGGCUAGCUGUAUGUACAUAUUGCAUCAUUCAUAACAUGGUCACUACUGCCUACUUUGUCUUGUUAUUUCAUAACAUGGUCACUACUGCCUACUUUGUCUUGUUAUAUUCUUAUUUUACUGUUAUAUUGUUAUUCCCAUUGUUUUUAUUCUUUUUGUAAUAUUUCUCUAUUUUGUUUCCAUUUAAACCCCCAUUAUUUACUCUUUUCUUUAAAUUGAUCUCAACUCUGUACACUGCUGCUGGAAUUUUAAUUUUCCUGAAGGAACUCUCCUGAAGGAAUCAAUAAAGUACUAUCUAUCUAUCUA